GGUGAUCGGCUCGCAGACCGAUGUCGCGGCACCGAAGUCAUCCGUUUCUCGCAGAGCAGAAAUCCAAGAACCCCUCAGGCUUGGGCGGGGACAGUGAUCACCAGGAUCUAACGCCGAAGGAAGCGGUGUAGUUCCGCUCCAUGGAGGUGCAGGACGUAAGGUGCUGGCUGCAGCAUGAACAGACGAUUACGCUCUCACAACCACAGUUACCUUCUGCAAGCGGAUCGGGUAACGCGGCUUGAAACAAGAGCGAGGGCUGAAGGAAUGAGUGCUGAGUGGCUCAACUCUUUGGAGAGAUGGCAGGCUCUCGUCCUCCACCAGCCUACUACAGUACGUGCAGGAAGCAGACCACGCUCCUUUUCUAUUCGCUGUGUAUCCAUGCACUGUGGAGUGCAUUUUUCAAGCAUGAGGCUUUCCAAAGAAAUGCCGCAUGCACUGCUGCUGGGCCUGGUAGCGCUGUCUGUGCCCAACUCUCUAUCUUAUCAAGUGAUUUCAUCAAGCUCUGUCUGUCGACCGUGUCAUAAUCCACCACCAGGUUCUUCACCCUGGUGCUCACGUUGCCAGUUUCGCAUGUUUCUCAAGACAGUAGGAAUUCAGCUACGUUGCGCUGGCCUCUCCGUCUGUUAAGCCAUUGGCAAGGCUGGAUUCGGGCAAGUCCCAGCUGAAGUAAGGGCCUGAUGCAGCACGAAAUUGGGUUUCUUGCCAUUGCAGGGUCGCCAGCGAAAAUUUAUCAAUAUACGUACAGUGGCAUCUAACAGCAAAACGACGGCCAAACAUAAUAGUUCACUAAUGGACACUCAUAAGGCAAACCGAUAAUUGGCUGGUACCAUCUCACUGGCACCC